GUGUUAGCGAGAGAGAAAAAAAUAGAGGUUCUGGUUGACCACAUAGAUUGGAUGGACUAGCCUCCAUACCUCACGGCGAGCUAGCGUUAAACGUAUGUCUGUGCAUUUGAUAGUUUAGCUCUUUUCUUGAAAUUUACUAGACUCACAUCUCUGAAGAAGAAAACCGUAGCUUAAAAUGAAGCCGUUCAGUAGAGGUGAAGGAAAUGGAUAUGGUUUGAUGUGGGUGUCUCCAAAGCAGACCCUGUAACGUUACCGUGUCGUUAGGAUUGCGCAAAAUGCUUUAAUUGUGGCUUACUGUAUCACAUUUAACACCGCAUCUAAUGAGCUUAUCACGCCAGGUAUCUAGCUAUCUAUUUGACCGAAUAUUAUUUCUAUUUGCAUUCAGUUUUACGAGCAGGACGAUUUUUCUUACAAAUGUCCACCAUGGACAAUCCCCUUUUCCCUCCCUUGCUGGUUUUAAUCCAUAGCGUCAGCACAUUGGAAAAAUUACUCGGAGCUUCAAGGUUCAUUCCGCAGACAACAUUUACGAACCAAUUUACACAUGUCAAGCAAACUACAACAAUAACGGGAUAACACAUUGGUGUCAUAAUUUCAUAAUUUGUAACACUGGAUUGCUCCUGUUGGAAGAGGGAAAGUCUAUCCGCAUUGUCUGUCCCUGAAAGUGGAGAGCAUCAGAUUUCUAUUUUAUUACCCACCAUCUCCAGUUGAAGCAGGAUCACCACCACAUAUUAACACAAUUCGUGAAAGUCACAAUCCCAAAAUCAUCUAGAUUAUAUACAGAUACUUGAGCUCAUACUUAUUAUAACAGAAGAUGUACGGUAGUGCCCGCUCUGUUGGCAGAGGGGAUGCCAAUCAUAGUGGCGGAAGAGAUGGAGGUGGUACUGGUAAUCAGGGAUCUGGCCGUUCCCCUCGCCUUCCCCGUUCUCCUCGGAUGGGACACCGUCGCACCAACAGCACCGGAGGAAGUGGAGGAGGUCCUGGAGGAGCAGGAGGAAAGACUCUUUCCAUGGAGAACAUCCAGUCCCUCAACGCUGCAUAUGCAACCUCAGGACCAAUGUACCUGAGUGACAAUGAGGUUGCCAUGACAGGUGACCACCUUCCCAAAAGUGGUGGGACAGUGACGACCAUGGGGAGACACAGGGUGACCUAUGGGUCGAGGGGCAGCAGCAGUGGAGUUGUGGCCGCGAGCACCCCCAACAUCUCCACCUCAUUGGCUGCCAAUGCUGUGCUGCCAGCAGGCAUGAUGGCAGGUGAUGCUCUAGCUUUUGGGGACCACCACAUGGCCUCCACUGUUCCCCAUUCUCUAAGGCAGGCCAGAGACAACACCAUACUUGACCUGCAGGCUCAACUGAAAGAGAUUCUGCGUGAGAAUGAGAUGCUGCGACGAGAAGUGGAAGUAAAAGAGAGCAAGCUAAGCUCCUCCAUGAAUUCUAUCAAGACCUUCUGGAGCCCAGAAUUAAAAAAAGAGCGAGCUCUCAGGAAAGAUGAAGUUUCUAAGAUCACUGUCUGGAAGGAACAAUACCGUGUGAUUCAAGAUGAAGCUCAGCAUCUCCAGAUGACUGUUCAGGCUCUUCAGGAUGAGCUGAGAAUCCAGAGGGACCUGAACCAGCUGCUCCAGCAAGACCCCAGCAUCCAAGGCCGGGACCUGGCCCUGACAUCUGAACCUACGGAGGAGAACUACCGGCGGCUACAGGCAGAGCAUGAGAGGCAGGCCAAAGAGCUCUUUCUUCUUAGGAAGACCCUGGAGGAGAUGGAGCUGAGGAUUGACACACAGAAGCAAACCCUGGGAGCCAGAGAUGAGUCCAUCAAGAAACUUCUUGAGAUGCUGCAGAGCAAAGGGCCGUCUGCCAAGGCAUCAGAGGAGGACCAGGAGCGGACCAGGAGACUGGCUGAUGCAGAGAUGCAUAGGCAUCACCUUGAGAGUUUACUGGACCAGAGAGACCGAGAGAUUAAUGCACUAAGAGAGGAGCUGCACCGUCGAUACGAGGGAACCCCCGAGUCCACCAAAACUAAGGCUCUACAGACUGUCAUCGACAUGAAGGAUGCAAAAAUCAAUUCAAUGGAGCGGGGCCUGAGAGACAUGGAGGAGGAGCUACUAAUGCUGAAAUCCAAUGGACUUCUGAGCUGUGAGGAGCGUCAGGAGGAGAUGAAGCAGAUGGAGGUCUACCGCAGCCACACAAAAUUCAUGAAGAACAAGAUGGAGCAGGUGAAGCAGGACCUUUCCAGGAAGGACACUGAGAUGCUUGGUUUGCAGACCAAGCUGGAGACGCUCACCAACCAGUUCUCAGACAGCAAGCAGCACAUAGAAGUCCUCAAGGAGUCCCUCACUGCCAAGGAGCAACGAGCUGCCAUCCUACAGACAGAGGUGGAUGCCUUGCGCCUGCGCUUGGAAGAGAAGGAGGCAACUCUGAAUAAGAAGAGCAAGCAGAUACAAGAGAUAGCAGAAGAGAAGGGCACGCUCAACGGGGAGAUCCACGACCUCAAGGACAUGCUGGAGGUUAAGGAGCGCAAAGUGAAUGUGCUACAGAAGAAGAUUGAGAACCUGCAGGAGCAGCUGAGGGACAAGGAGAAGCAGAUGAGCAGUCUGAAGGAAAGAGUAAAGUCUUUGCAGGCAGACACUUCAAACACUGACACUGCUCUCACCACACUGGAGGAGUCUCUUGCCGAAAAGGAGCGCAUCAUUGAGCGUCUAAAAGAGCAGAGAGACAGAGACGACAGAGAGAAGACGGAAGAGAUCGACAGUAACAAAAAGGAACUAAAAGAGUUGAAGGAGAGACUGAGCUUACUGCAGGGAGACCUGUCAGACAGAGAGACGUCUCUGUUGGACCUGAAGGAGCAUGCAUCAUCCCUGGCCUCGUCUGGGCUGAAGAAAGACUCCAAACUCAAGAGUAUGGAGAUUGCCUUGGAGCAGAAGAGGGAGGAGCUCUUCAAAGUGGAGAACCAGCUUAAGAGAGCUCAAAAUGCAGCCCUGGAGGCUCAGGCCAACACUGAGGUGGCUGAGCGCAUUAAGAACCUCGAACAGGAAGUGGCCCGCCACAAAGAGGAUUCUGGGAAGGCCCAGGCUGAGGUGGACCGCCUGCUGGAGAUCCUUCGGGAAAUGGAGAAUGAGAAGAAUGGCAAGGACAAAAAGAUCAAUGAGCUGGAGAGGCAGAUGAAGGACCAGUCGAAGAAGGUGGCGUCUCUGAAGCACAAGGAGCAGGUGGAGAAAAGCAGGAAUGCUCGACUCGUGGACGAGGCCAGGAAGAGGGAGGACAACAUGUCUGAGAGCUCCCAGCAGGUGAAGGACACGCUGCGUCAGAAGUCUGAGCGCAUAGAAGAGCUGGAGGAGGCCCUGAGAGAGAGCGUUCAGAUCACUGCUGAGCGAGAGAUGGUGCUGGCACAAGAGGAGGCUGCCAGGUCACUCCAGGAGAAACAGAUGGAGGAGCUGCUGGGAGCCAUGGAGAAAGUAAAGCAGGAGCUGGAGUCCAUGAGGGCCAAGCUGGCCUCCACCCAGCAGUCUCUGUGCGAGAAAGAGGCACACCUCUCCACCCUGCGAGCUGAGCGCAGGAAACACCUGGAGGAGGUGCUGGAGAUGAAGCAGGAGGCGCUGCUGGCUGCUAUCAGCGAGAAGGAUGCUAACAUUGCCCUGCUGGAGUUGUCCUCCUCUAAGAAGAAGAAGACCCAGGAUGAGGUGGCUCUGCUGAAACGGGAGAAGGACCGACUGGUGCAACAGCUCAAACAGCAGACUCAGAACAGAAUGAAACUGAUGGCAGACAACUAUGAGGAUGACCAUCUGAAGACUGCUUCGGACCAGACAAAUCACAAACCCUCUCCAGAUCAGAUGAUAACCCCUCUUCUAGCCCUGUCCCAGAACCGCAGUAAGCUCAAGCUCUACAUCGCCCACCUGACAGACCUCUGCCAUGACCGGGACCCCAGCAUCCUCAGCCAGCUCACGGCUCCCUCUCACUACCACCACAGCGACCCUGAAGACUGGGAGGAGGAGCUCCAGAAGAUGAGUGUGGAACAGUUGGAGCGAGAGCUGCAGGUGUGUGAGAAGGAGAGCGGAGAGCUGCAGGAGUACGCCAACUCUGUUCUCCAGCAGAUCGCAGACUACUGCCCCGAUAUCCUGGAGCAGGUUGUCAAUGCCCUGGAGGAGUCAUGCUGACACUCUGACACAACCCGGAGCCAAAGCUAGGGCAUUAUCUCAACCCCAUUGAGCUUUUCUUCCUCGCUCCCCUCGUCCACCCUGGAACAAACUUUAACGACUCCUAAGUGCUUUCCUGUCUCAUGUGUCUCUCUAAUGUCAGGCCUGUAAUAUGGAAUUAGGGAUGUUCACAAAGUGUCGAAAUGUUGUCCGAUAGGGCACAAGUAUCAGAUUACACACUGCAAACUGAGGUAUUCUCAUUUAGUGACAGCUGUGGUAGAUGGUUUACUCGCAGUGGGAAGAGAAGAACUAAAGUACAAAUCUAAUCCCAUUUCAGGCACGUAUUUGUGAACUCACCAAAAUUAGAUUUUUUACUUGUGGUGUACUUAAGUAUUGCACAGCUGUAAGUCUGGUACAGGUGCGUUGGGAGAGAAAGGAUAUCAGAUGAAAGAAGCAAAGUCUUGGAGUAUACUGCCAACCUUCCUCUCCCUCGACGUCUUCAUUUAACCGCUAGAUAAAGCACAGUUACCUCAGCCACUUCGAUCUCAGUCUUUUACCCCUUAGAUUCCUCUUACAUAUUUUCAAGUCAAAAGGGGUAAAUGUAUUCCUUACGCAGGACAGGAAAGCACUUUCUGUCUUAGAGAACUGGGGAGCUGCUACAUCCAGAGGGGAGCAGAGAGGAGCUCAGUUCAGUGGGUAAAUCAUGGAGCCAUGAAGAUGCUUAUUUUGUAUUGUAGUCGGUGUUCCCUAAGUUGGAGUCACUACUUAGAAAUACAACUACUGGUGGCCAAACAUCUGAACACAUAGGAAAUGCCACUUUUUAACCAAAUAUAAAUGCAGCAUGUUCUCCAAAUGUUCCCUCUCCUAGCUCGGAGCUGUGGAUCUGCCAUUGUAGCCAGGUUUAAGUUGUAGGUACGUUUUAACUGUGUGGUCUGUGGCUGAGUCACUGGCAUCAGAGGGGAUCAAGGCCUGACGUUUGACGCAGGUCAAAGGCCAGCUUUUAGUUACACUAUGUCCUCAAAUACAAAUGAAAGAGAGAGAAAGAGAGAGACAAAAGCUUUUAUUCUCUGACGUAUUCAUUUUUAGAUGGUUUUGCACUCAACGUACACUUGUUUAUGAGGUAUGCAAUGUUUCUUUUCAGAACGUUCUAGUGGCCUUGGAGCAUGCACAGAGAUCAGUACUGGACCUAAUGCAGGGAUAUUUAUUCCUCUGUAAUAUUGGUGCUAAGGCAUGAUGUAAGAACUUAUGUGAUUCCACUGAUCAUUCAGUCUCAUCCAAAGUUUCUAUAGAUGUUACUUAAAGCCCACCUGAUCUUUAGUUUGUCGACGGAAUCACUGAAGAAUACAAGCGACACCAUCUUUCUUGUAUUUUUCAGAUCAAUUACCAAUGCAAGUGAUGCCUCCUUUUUAUUUUAUUUUUUAAAUCUUCAGGGCUGAGGUUUUUAAUUGCAUAAGUGCAUCUACAUUUACAGGAAAUUAGUCACUUUUCAGCAGAUUUUGACUUUUUAGAUCGGUUUGUAAAUAACGUGAUAUUUAACACGUACAGUGACUGAAUAAAGGUAACUAAGUGGAAGGUGUUGUGCAUUCUUUUAAAAAACCUCAAAAGUUAAAA